AUGCGCUCGAGACUGGGCCCACAGGAUCCUGGGAGGCCAAGGCCGCCAGUAGCCACAACCUGGGGAGCGCACCCUGACCCUAUGGUCACCCCUAUGGUGCAGAACGUUCCCCCGCACCCUGACCCUAUGGUCACCCCUAUGGUGCAGAACGUUCCCCCGCACCCUGACCCUAUGGUCACCCCUAUGGUGCAGAACGUUCCCCCGCACCCUGACCCUAUGGUCACCCCCAUGGUACAGAACGUUCCCCCGUACCAAGCGGUACGGCAAGCUGGGAGAAACCUCCCAAACGAGCCCCUUGUUGGCUCCAUCAGCAAAAGGCUGGACGACAUGCUCUCCACGUCUUUCUGCUCUCAUAUUAUUCAUUACGAGCCCCCAAGGGGAUUCCUCGUACCUAAAUUUUCCACGUACGAUGGGUCCAGCGACCCCUUUGACCAUAUCAUGCAUUAUCGACAACUCAUGACUCUCGAUAUAGGAAACGACCUGCUACUAUGCAAAGUAUUCCCCGCUAGCCUACAAGGGCAGGCCCUCUCAUGGUUUCAUCGCCUACCUCCCAACUCUGUUGAUAAUUUUAGGGACCUGUCGGAAGCCUUCGUGGGAAAAUACUUAUGCUCCGCUCGGCAAAAACAGAACAUCAGCACUCUGCAAAACAUAAAAAUGCAGGAUAACGAAUCCUUGAGGGAGUUCGUGAAGCGGUUUGGUCAGGCCGUGCUACAGGUAGAGGCUUACAGCAUGGAUGUUGUCCUGCAGAUCUUCAAGCGAAGCAUCUGUCCAGGCACCCCAUUUUUCGAAUCAUUUGCUAAGAAGCCUCCUACGACAAUGGACGACUUGUUCCGGUGUGCGAGCAAAUACUCAAUGCUCGAAGAUGAUGUGCGAGCAGCCACCCAGCAAAUCUUGGUUGCCGGACAGGCAUCCAGAAGUGGUGCGGAAAGAAGUGUCAAACUUUCGGACCGACCAAGGCCAUCCGAUCGAAGGCAGGAAGGGCUAAGUCGCCCAGAGCUACCGCCCCUCACACCCAUUUCCAUAUCCUAUGAGAAGCUUCUCCCUAUAAUCCAAGACAUGUCCGACUUCAAGUGGCCUGGACCCCUCAGAACGGACCCAUCCAAAAGGGAUCAUAACAAAAAGUGUGCCUACCAUAAGGAGCAUGGUCACACAACGGAGACGUGCAAGAGCCUCCAUUAUUUGGUCGAAAGGCUUAUAAAGGCAGGACAUUUGAGGCAGUACCUCCGCUCAGAUGCCAGAGGUAGAGACGCUUCCCGAAAUCACAACUCUAGAGCCCCCACGGCUCCAGCCGCCCCCAAAGCCAUUAUAAAUUAUAUCAAUAGAGGCCCAUUGGAUGAGGAACACGACUCCAAAUGA